UCCUGGCAGACAUUCAAGCAACGCAUCGAGCUGUACCUGAUAGCUACGGAGCCCAUCAAACCACGCAGUAAGGAGCAGAAAGCUGCAAUUUUUUUGCACGUCGCCGGUCAAGAAGCAAUUGAUGUGUUCAAUACCCUGAACCUGACGCCGGAGGAAGCUAAAGACUACGAUGCUUUGGUUAAAGCGUUUGAAGCCUACUGCUUGCCCAAGUGUAAUGAGACUUACGAACGCUAUGUGUUUCGCUCGCGUCGUCAGGCACACGGAGAGCCAUUCGAACAGUUCUUUCGGGAUUUGCAGCUGAAAGCAAGAACGUGCAACUUUGGUGAUUUACGAGACUCCAUGCUGAGGGACCAAAUCGUGUAUGGCAUUUCUAGCGCUUCCCUGCGUGAAAAACUUCUUCGCAAGAAGGACCUGACCCUCGUCACAGCAGUGGAAUACUGCAAGGCUGAGGAACUUGCUGAAUCGCAAAAUAAAGCGUGGGCUGAAGAAAACAAGAUUGAACCUGUUUCAAGAACGCCACUUAAGAAGGGACGAAAAAAAUGCCGGUACUGCAACUUGUCACACGCGCCAAGAAAGUGUCCGGCGUACGGCAAAAUAUGCAACAACUGCAUGAAGCCUAAUCACUUCGCCGCCUGCUGUACGAGCAACCGAGCAGCAGUUGAUGACGUGGUCGACGGAGUGGAGAGCGACGGUGACUUCGACGUUCUGGAGAUCAGGACAACGGAAAGCAAGCGUGGUCACGAAAGUCGCGAUUGGGUUGUAACAACGAACAUUGAAGGAAAGCAGGUGCAGCUGAAGGUCGACACCGGAGCGCAGGCCAACUUGAUGCCGCGUUCGCUGUUCAACAGGCUCGGUACUAAACAGCAGCCGUACCCCACGAGGAGCAUCUUGCGUCAUUAUGGGGGUGGUGAAAUACCACACUGUGGAAAGGUUCGCCUCGCCGUGCAGUUAGACAAGCGACACGUUCUGCUGGAGUUCUUCAUAGUAAAGAAGAAGCAAGCAAUUUUGGGCCUAGAGGCUAGUGAGCAACUUGGUCUGGUCAACAGAGUCAACGCGGUGGACAACAGCGACGGAUACGCAAGCCUAAAGCAGACAUAUCCAAGACUAUUCACCGGCAUUGGAAGGACGCGGCGCGAGUACAAAAUGGUGCUUCGAGAGGACGCUGUCCCCGUAGUACAGCCAACCCGGCGCGUGCCUUACGCACUCAGAAAGCCACUCAAGAAAGAGCUCGACCGGAUGUGUGCCGCGAACAUCAUUGAGAAAGUGGAAGAGCCGUCGGACUGGUAUGUUCCAGGCAGCAAAUUAGUUGUUGCUGACACCUUGUCAAGAAUCCCCGCACAGGAACACCCAGGCAAGGGCACAACAGAUGUUGAAGUUCAUGCUGUUGGCGUCCUUACUUCAAGUGUGGGUCCAGCCACCCUCUCCCGUCUGCAGGCAGCAACGGCCAGUGAUGAAACGCUGCAAGAUGUCAUUUUGAGAUUGCAGUCGUCAAUCCCACAUACAAUUUCAAGUCCGCAUUUUCCCAGAUCCAACGGACUCGCCGAGAAGGGCGUCCAAGUGAUCAAGCGCAUUCUGGACAAGACGGAGAGGAGUAAAGAGGAUUUCUAUUUGGGCCUUCUGAACUACAGGGUGUGUCCUCUUGAGGAUGGCCGGUCGCCAUCAGAGCUGCUGAUGGGACGAAGUCUCAGAACGCUGCUUCCAGAUUUCUCAGUGUCACCCCCAAGGCCCGUGCGAAAACAUGUGCAAGCAAAGACCCCAAGAAGGUCACUUGCUCUAUUACAGAAGGGAGACGUCGUCCGCGUUCUCAAUGAUGGUAGAUGGGAAAUAAAAGCACAAGUCCAAGAUCUCGUGGCGCCAAGGUCGUACACCGUUCUGACAGAAGAUGGCCGGGUUUUCCGUCGAAAUAGACAACACCUCCGCAAAACGCCAGAAGCGUUCUGUCGAUUCUCCCAUUACAACGCCGACGACAGCGACGACACCUCCGAUUCAUCUACAAGUGGAGCCAUACCGCAGGGGCCAGAACCUCCGCAGGGUACGCAGGACCGACCGCCAGCCGGCACCUCAGGCUUACCGAACACUGACGACUUCUGCCGACGAUCCACUAGACAACAAAGACUACCAUCUCGCCUGACCUACACUCACGGAUUCCAGCAGAGUGAAACAGCCUAG